CAAAAACAUUUUCAAAUGAGGCAAGAAUUGAGCACGCUUAUGGACACAAGUUUCUUCCCUCACGCCUGAUUUUAUCAUGCAAGUGGAAUCACAGAAGCACACUGCUAAUGUUUAGAUUCCCCACCCCAGCGCUUUGCUCUCUAACAGGACAGUCUAGGGAAACUAUGAAUUCCUGCGGCACCACGGACAAAUUCACAAACUAACCAGUGGUGCCAGUCUGUUGCUCAACCAUGCAGAUCAAUUUCUCCAUCACACGGCCUAGCGUGUGACGGCCGGCAGCCAAUCUUCCACUUUCGCCAUCUUAUUGGUGAUGAGCACCCGAGCCCCGGCUGGUGUUGGCGCUUCCCUGGCGGCAAGCAUUGGCCAGAUGCAUCUCUGAGAAACAGUUAACUUGCGUUGCUCUAGAGUUUCUUUGCAGUUUUGUCGCCGACUCGAGGUGCUAGUGCCCCUCUUCUGACCUUCGCCAUGGGCUAGAGAGGUUGGCCCUGGCGACCUGGGAUCGCUCUGCUCCAUAUUAACGGCUUCGUCCCGGCUGAUCCUCCAAGCCUUUCUCUGAUAGCUGUCUUUCUCCCUGUCUCUUUGUGCUCUAUGUGACUGGCCGUCCGAUGCGACUGAGUUGAAUGCCCAGCCAGCCGGUCUGGCCACAGCGUAACUGUUCAAGGACACAAUCUCACCGUGCAAAUUAUAUACCUAACGUUGUAUACCCUCCUGAUCUGCCAACUACGGAAUUCGUGUCUUCGCGGAAUAAAUAUACAAUCGCCAUCAUGGUUUCCUUACCACGAAAAUGGCGCAAACACAAUCUCUUUUAUAUUUUGAUGGCCCUUGAGCUUCCCAUUACUAUUGUCAUCCUUACAUUUACUGGGAUUGCUUCUCACGAUCUAUACCGGACCAAAUUAUGGCAAGAUGGAGCAGAUAAUGGCUUCAACAGUUCUCCCGAUGAGAUUCUCUAUGCUGCCGCGAACCAUAGGCCCUAUAAAGUUCCUAUGGUCUGGGGCUCUUUCAUAACAAAUUACAAUCUAGUCAUUGGUGUUUUGAGCACCUUCAUCUUAAUAACCAAACUCCCAGUCCAUAUCCUGCGGAUUUUCUACCCGCCUGUGUCAGUGUUCGUCCACGUGGGACUGUUCAUAUUAUAUAUCGUGUCGGCCAGUUAUCAAGCUGGUUCCGACAAGUCGGAUCCUAAGCACCUGCAAUCAGGCCCGCCGUGGUAUCUUACGAAGUCAUGCAGUGUUGCUUCGAAUAAAGAUAACAUCGGAUAUUGCCAACAAGCCAAGGCGCUCUUUGGUUUUACUAUCAUUAUCAUUGUUCUUUAUUUUGUCGAAAUUAUCGUGAGCGUGCACUCCUGCUUCUUGACCAAGGAGGAGAAGGCAGAGCGUGACGAACGCCGCGAAGAAAAGAGAACCAUGAAGGAGUACGAAGAUAUGGUUCUCAGGACCCCCAGAACGUUCCCCAUGAUGAGUCCCGCGCUGCCUUCAGGGGGUGCUACGCAGAUGAUGCCUACCAUGUCGUCACGAAGCCCUGAAUUUAGUACAUUUGGGACUGGAUCGUCAGAUCUUCCACUCCGGGACCAUUUCAGCACACCAAACCCUCGCCCGCCAACACAGCAAGAGUCAUCGGAAACCUUGGCGCCGGGGAACCAACCUCAAAUGUACUUUCCGCCACCUCCUAAGAAGGCGGCCAAGGCGUGAGUAUUUUCAGAAGUUUGUAAAAAUGCCCUUGAAAAUUUAAUACCCACACGGUCAUAUGAGAACCACUUAUGUUUCUAUUUCACUUCCCGCUUAGCGAUCGAUUUGCAUGAAUCGGGUGUUUUUUCUAAAGCCCUACUUGGGGCACUUGCAAGAGGAAUUCAUGAACAAUCACGUAUUAUGUUUGGGCCUUUUCUUUUCAUUUCGCUUUUCCAGCUGUCAUUUGUUCAUUAUACCAUUAUCGCCACUAGAGCAACCGAGCCGCCGCGACUGGCUGACUAUUCGUGCUUAGCCCCAAUCUAAUUGAAUACAAGAAAAGAUAGCAAACCGGAA